CACGGCACCACAUCCAGGGAAGGGACCUGCCCCGGGGGUGGCCACGGUGCCUUGGGGGAUGCCCCCACCCCAACACCUGAUGGGUUCCAUGUGCUGGCGUGUCCCCGCGUGUCCCCGUGUGUGCGGGCAGAGCUGUUGGAUGCCUUCAAGGAGUUCGACACGGACCAGGAUGGGUACAUCAGCUACAAGGACCUGGGCGCCUGCAUGCGCACCCUGGGGUACAUGCCCACCGAGAUGGAGCUCAUUGAGAUCUCCCAGCACGUCAAGAUGAGGAUGGGUGGCCGUGUGGACUUCGAGGACUUUGUGCAGAUGAUGGGGCCGAAGAUGCGGGAGGAGACGGCCCACAUGGUGGGCGUGAGGGAGCUCAAGAUCGCCUUCCGGGAGUUUGACAUGAACGGGGACGGGGAGAUCAGCAGCGCCGAGAUGCGGGAGGCCAUCGCAGCGCUGCUGGGGGAGCAGCUGAAGGCGCAGGAAGUGAACGAGAUCCUGCAGGAUUUGGACCUCAACGGGGACGGGCACUUGGACUUCGAUGAGUUCGUUAUGAUGCUGUCAACCCGGUAAUGACGCCUCAGGGCGGGAGGGGACACCCCCCUGCACCCCCCACCCCCCAUCUGGAUCCUUGUCAGGCACUCCCUACUUGGUUGACCAGCCCAACCUCACUGCCCGCAUUAGGGUUCAGAGUGAACAGCUGGAGCUGAGCCCAUAUCUGGAAAUGGGGCAAACUCGAGCCCUCUGACCCCAACAGCCCCCCGGGGGUGGCGGCAGGGCCGAGGGGGGGCUGGGGGACCCAAUAAACCCCCUUGAUCCGAG